UCCUUGCGGUCUGUGAGACCGGGGUUUCGGUAAAAGUGUUAAAUUGUCUAGUUUAAUAAUAAAUUAUUUUUUUUCAAAAUAGAAAAUUGAUUUAAACUAUGAGUUUUGUAGGUCAAUCAAAAUAAAUUUACCCACCCAGACCCAGGCUAGAGGCACCCACUGUUUCACUGGAAGGGGAUACUCAAUAUACCCCCCCUACCCUUCCCCUUAGAGAGGGCCCUCACCACAGACUCAGCCUAGGGGUCCACAGGCAGUAAAUCCGGCCCUGCUAACGUUUCGUCGACAGUGAAAUAAUUAAAAAAAAAUAAUUCUAGUAAAGGGUACGUAAUCAGGAAGGAAUAGACCAUGAACUUUAGCUGACUAGAAAUUUUUUCCAAAAUGAAUAAAAAUAUACCAUUUCAAGGAAAGGAAUCAUUUCAAAGAAUGAAUUUUUUGUAUCAGGCCAGCCACUUGCUGACAAAGAUACCGGAAGCUCGGGACGUGGCUACUUCUCUGGGGCACGUCAUGGUAGCAGUGUCGAAGAAAUCCGUCCUCAGAAUGGAGCCGGCGGUGAAGCGCACGCUCUGCAAGGGCUGCCACGGCGUGCUGGUGCCGGGCGUGACGGCGCGAGUGCGGCUGCGCAGGAAGCCGUGUGCUCGCCUGGUGUGGACCUGCCUGCGCUGCGGCACGCCCAAGAGCUUCGUGGCGGGGCGGGACCACCGCCUGUGGGCGGAGCGCCCGGAGGCCGUCGUGCAGGAGAUAACCUGCGGCGAGCCCGUGGCGCCCCCCCGGAGGGAGGAGGGGGAGGCCGUCAAGUGCGUGACGACCCACCUGGACAACCUCACGUUCCACAAGCUGUCUGGCCCCAGCGGCCAGUCCGCGCCCCCUGCCAGUGUGGCGGACACCAGCUAGUUUCCUGCUCUGUGUUGUGGCAAUAAUGUACAUCUGCAGUGGGUCCAUGGGUGACCACGUAGCAGGCAACAGAUGCUUAAGUUAACCCCUUCCAUAUGAAAUGAUUUUUUUAUUUUAAAUAUUUAGAAUUAAUUUUAUUAUUUUCAUAAUUGGAUGCUGUUAAUGUGAUUUUUAAUUGUACAUACUUUGAUUAUUGUCUUGUAAGUUUGGUUGCAUAAUAAACUAAGGAAAUGCAAA